CUCUCCCAGUCCCACCCACACACACACUCUCUCUCUCUCACACACACACACCAGUCACUUACUGGAUCUGCUCUUUGUUAUCGCAGCCCCGUGUGUGUGUGUGUGUGUGUGGAGAAAGAAGAACAAGAAGGAGGGAGUUUGCUUUUUUUUCCUCCUUUUUUUUAAACCGGAUUGAUUUCUGACUGAACCUGGAUCUGGUUAGUUUCUCUCCGGGGGGAAGAAGCUGCUGCAGCCGCUUGAGGAACCACAGCCACCGCGGCUUCGUCCACAGUCAAAUAAACUGCCCGGAACCAGGGCGACGAUAGAGGGUUAUUCUUCUUCUUCCUCCUCCACUCGGUCCUGUCUGUCAACCUCCCUCCAUUUUCGCCGUCUCCCCCCCUCCUCCUCCUCCUUCGCCGCCGCCGCAGUUGUCAACUUGGAGCCGCGCUGGGAAAUGGACAAACCCCUCUGAAGUGGAGCCGCUGCCCGCCCCAUCAACACAGCCGUGAUUCGGAGGAGGAUUCCCGGAGUGGAGAGGAACAUGUUUACCACCCUGUUUCCAUGGUAACCCAGAGGAGCAUGCACGUCCAGGUCAGGAGUUAACCUCAGUGAGAACUACACUACCCACAAUUCUUGGGAACUGACGGCCCAAACUGACGUUGAGAUCGGUUUGACAAAGACACUGAGAGGAACAACAACUACAACAAAACAACUACACUUCUGUGAAGAGGACCAAUAUGGCCAACAACACGGCGGAUCACCCUCCGGGGAAUUCGGUUGCCGAGGGCAACCAUGACGGGGACUUUGGGAUGGCCGUGACGGAUCUGAGGGACCUGAUGGAGCUGCGGAGCGCCGAGGCCGUCACCAAGAUUCAGGACACGUACGGGGACGUGCAGGGCAUCUGCCGCCGCCUGAAAACAUCACCAAUAGAAGGUCUGUCUGGUAACCCCGUUGAUCUGGAGAAACGUCACACGUCGUUUGGCAAAAAUUUCAUCCCCCCCAAGAAGGCCAAGUCGUUUCUGUCGCUGGUGUGGGAGGCUCUGCAAGACGUCACGCUUAUCAUCCUGGAAAUCGCUGCCAUCAUCUCACUUGGCCUGUCCUUCUACCAUCCACCAGGGGGCGACAGUGAAGCAUGCGGUCAGGUAGCAGGAGGCGUCGAGGACGAGGGCGAGUCCCAGGCCGGCUGGAUCGAAGGUGCUGCGAUCCUGUUCUCGGUCAUCAUCGUGGUGCUGGUGACGGCCUUCAACGACUGGUCCAAGGAGAAGCAGUUCCGUGGGCUGCAGAGUCGCAUCGAGCAGGAACAAAAGUUCACUGUCAUCCGCAAAGGCCAGGUCAUCCAGAUCCCCGUGGCUGAACUUGUGGUGGGAGACAUCGCUCAGAUCAAAUACGGUGACCUUCUGCCUGCUGAUGGGAUCCUGAUCCAAGGAAAUGACUUGAAGAUUGACGAAAGCUCUCUGACCGGAGAAUCCGACCAGGUCCGCAAAUCUCUGGCGAAGGACCCCAUGCUGCUGUCCGGAACCCACGUGAUGGAAGGAUCCGGCAGGAUGGUGGUGUCAGCCGUCGGCCUCAACUCUCAAACCGGCAUCAUCUUUACUCUCCUGGGAGCCAGUGAGCACGACGAAGAGAAGAAGGUCAAGAAAAGUAAAAAACAAGGACCCCCCGAAAAUCGCAACAAAGCCAAGACGCAGGAUGGCAUCGCCCUGGAGAUCCAGCCCCUGAAGAGCGAGGAGGCCGCCGAGUCGGAGGAGAAGGAGGAGAAAGAGGAGGUCAAACCUGUGAAGAAGGUCAACGUGACCAAGAAGGAGAAGUCGGUGCUGCAGGGAAAACUGACCAAACUGGCUGUACAGAUCGGGAAAGCUGGUCUGAUCAUGUCGGCUCUGACCGUCAUCAUCCUCAUCCUCUUCUUUGUGAUCGACACCUUUGCGAUCCAGGGUCGCUCCUGGGUGGCUGAGUGCACCCCCAUCUACAUCCAGUACUUUGUCAAGUUCUUCAUUAUUGGUGUGACAGUGCUGGUGGUGGCCGUCCCUGAGGGGCUGCCGCUUGCUGUCACCAUCUCUCUGGCCUACUCUGUCAAGAAAAUGAUGAAGGACAACAACCUGGUGCGUCACUUGGAUGCCUGCGAAACCAUGGGCAACGCCACGGCCAUCUGUUCGGACAAGACGGGCACGCUGACCAUGAACCGGAUGACAGUGGUGCAGGCGUACAUCGGUGACACGCACUACAGAACUGUCCCCGAACCAGACGCGAUCAAACCAGAGACUCUGGAAACGUUGGUCAACAGCAUCUCCAUCAACUCAGCGUACACAACCAAGAUCCUGCCUCCAGAGAAAGAAGGCGGCCUGCCGCGCCACGUGGGCAACAAGACCGAGUGUGCUCUGCUGGGCCUGGUGCUGGAACUGAAGGGGGACUAUCAGCCAAUCAGAGAGGAGAUCCCCGAAGAGAAGCUCUACAAGGUUUACACCUUCAACUCCUCCCGCAAGUCCAUGAGCACGGUGCUGAAGAACGCCGAUGGAGGCUUCCGCAUGUACAGCAAAGGAGCGUCAGAGAUCGUCCUGAGGAAAUGCUCUCGUAUCUUGGACACCCAGGGGCAACCUCGCAUCUUCAAGCCCAAGGACCGCGACGAGAUGGUGCGUAAGGUGAUCGAGCCGAUGGCGUGCGACGGGCUGAGGACCAUCUGCGUGGCCUUCAGAGACUUUCCAGCCGAGGGCGGAGAGCCAAACUGGGAGAUUGAGAACGACAUCCUGAAUGAGCUCACCUGCAUCGCGGUGGUCGGCAUCGAGGACCCCGUCCGACAUGAGGUACCUGAGGCCAUUGCGAAGUGUCAGCGUGCAGGCAUCACUGUACGCAUGGUUACCGGAGAUAACAUCAACACCGCACGUGCUAUUGCUACCAAGUGUGGCAUCCUGCUGCCUGGGGAGGAUUUCUUGUGUAUGGAGGGGAAGGAGUUCAACCAGCAGAUCAGAAAUGACCAAGGAGAGGUGGAACAAGAGCGUCUGGACAAAGUUUGGCCCAAACUCCGUGUCUUGGCUCGUUCUUCACCGACAGACAAACACACUCUGGUUAAAGGAAUCAUCGACAGCACGGUGCUUCAACCCCGACAGGUGGUGGCAGUGACGGGAGACGGCACCAACGACGGCCCCGCCCUCAAGAAAGCUGAUGUUGGCUUUGCCAUGGGAAUCGCUGGCACAGACGUGGCGAAGGAGGCGUCUGACAUCAUCCUGACUGACGACAACUUCACCAGCAUCGUCAAGGCCGUCAUGUGGGGGAGGAACGUCUACGACAGCAUCUCCAAGUUCCUGCAGUUCCAGCUGACCGUCAACGUGGUGGCUGUGAUCGUGGCGUUCACCGGUGCCUGCAUCACACAGGAUUCUCCUCUGAAGGCCGUACAGAUGCUGUGGGUGAACCUCAUCAUGGACACUCUGGCGUCUCUCGCUCUGGCCACCGAGCCGCCCACCGAGUCCCUGCUGCUGCGUAAACCUUACGGCCGCAACAAGCCUCUCAUUUCCCGGACCAUGAUGAAGAACAUUCUGGGCCACGCCGUGUACCAGCUCGUCAUCAUCUUCACCCUGCUCUUCGCUGGUGAGACGAUUUUCGACAUCGACAGCGGCCGCAACACUCCCCUGCACUCACCGCCAACCGAGCACUACACCAUCGUGUUCAACGUGUUCGUCAUGAUGCAGCUCUUCAAUGAAAUCAACGCCAGGAAGAUCCACGGAGAGAGGAACGUGUUCGAGGGCAUCUACAGGAAUCCCAUCUUCUGCAGCGUCGUCCUGGGGACCUUCGUCCUGCAGAUCGUCAUCGUCCAGUUCGGGGGGAAGCCGUUCUCCUGCACAGCUCUGACCAUCGACCAGUGGCUGUGGUGCGUCUUCAUCGGAGUGGGAGAGCUGCUGUGGGGACAGCUGAUCUCGGCGAUCCCCACCCACCACCUGAAGUUCCUAAAGGAGGCGGGUCACGGCACCACAAAGGAGGAGAUGCACGAGGAGGAGCUGACGGAGGGCGCCGACGAGAUCGACCACGCCGAGAUGGAGCUGAGGAGAGGCCAGAUCCUCUGGUUCAGAGGUCUGAACCGCAUCCAGACCCAGAUGGAUGUGGUCUAUACCUUCCAGACGGGCCAGGCGGCGGUGCCAGGUGCCCUGCGCCGCCAGCCGUCCGUCGUCAGCCAGCACAAUGAUGCCACUGCCGCCAAAACUCUCUCUAGCCCCACCCACAUUAAGGUGGUGAACGCGUUCCGUAGCUCCCUGCGGCUGGAGAGCCCAGAGUCCCGUAGCUCCAUCCACAGCUUCAUGCCCCAUCCCGAGUUCGUGCCCCUGUCCGAGGAGGAGGCUCGCAACCCCCUCAUCGAGGAGACCGGUGACGAGAUCGAGUCCCUUCCCAGCGCCUCCUCUGGGGCGACGGGAGGAGGAGAGCCGCCCAGCGCCCUCCCCCGCAGCCACGAGCCAUCCAUCUGAGCUCCUCCUCCUCCCACCUCCUCCUCCUCCCUCCUCUUCAUCAGCAUCACGUGUCAUCCCACCAACUGAACUGUCGCACUGAGGAGGGAAGUCAUCACUCCACUCAUUCCAUCAUUCUGCACGCACACACGCUUCACGUUGUCUUCAUCCCCCCUCCCGUCAGUCAUUCCUGCCACGUUGUGUUUUUCAUACUGACUGUGGCGUCGUUCUGCCUGUAAGUCUGCCCCCUCCCACCCCCUCCAACCCACCACACACGCCAAUCAGUGGAGGGUGGAAUCUCCGCAGCGGAAGGCUUGUCCUGUCGUCCAUUCAUGUAUAUUUUUUACCUGAUGAUCCUUUUGGAAAAGCUUUUAAACAACGUUGGUUUAACUCCUGGCGGGACUCGCAGCAGCAUGUCGUGUUCUGUACUCGCUUCAUUCCCGCUUUUUACGCUCUCGAAAAUGGCACCGAACUUUUCAACGAGUGCAGUGGUUCUCAUGUACAUACGCUCCCGCUCUUCUACACAGCUAACAGCCGGGUUUGGUGAUCAGAAGGUUUUUAGGCAAAAAUGCAUAAAAAAUGUAACCUUUUUAAAUUUUAUUUUUGAUUUAAACUUUUUUUUUUUUUUAGAUGUUGAGCAUUUGUUUGUUUUUGAAAACCUCUAACGAAUGUUAAUCGAUGGUUGAUUCAAACUCCUGAGAAUGUCUUGUGAGUGUGACACUACAGUCUUCAAGGUUCAGCUGUUUAAAAGAUGUUCUUCCCUUUAUCGUGUCUGUAUGUGUUGGUUCUUUUUCUUUUUUCGCUGCUGUGUUGCAUGUGGAGAAACUGAAUGUUUAUUACCCAAAAAUAUCGAAACACGGCGCUUUCUGCUGAGUGGGCGUCUGACCUCAUCUCAUCCAGUCAGGGUCCUGGUUCUCUCUGCCCCCUCCUCCCUUAGUACAUCCACAGCGCUGAUAGGACACAGCCGCGUGGAUCACAACCCCCUUCUAGUACGAUGCAUGUUCUGCUUCAUUCGUGUUGAGUCGCAUGAUAACUUGGAAUGAAUAGUUGGGAUUCUGUUUAGUCGACCAUCUGUGUGUUAGUCUGCAGCAGCAUCUGUUCGGAGAACUUCUGUCGGACUGAACAUCCUGUUUCCACAACAGCACAAGAACAGACUCAUCGAUACUCAGAGGAAAGUGUAGCGCGGCAGUUAAAGCCUCCUCACGCUCGACAGCAGGACAGUGGGUGUCUACAUACAUGGACGUUCUCCACACGCCGGCUCACUUGUAGGCGAAAUAUAAUCUGUGUAGAGUCCACGUGGUCCAGAAUUUUGCAGAUCCCGGGGAAAGUGAUUCACCAGUGCCGGGUUGGAAGGUGCCAGAACACAUCACAGCCCACAUUGGGCGAAAGCUGGGUUCAACCCCAGUCUGCUCUGCUCCUCCUCUCAACCCGUUUUUCCACCGGUCACAAAAACCCACCAACGUCUGGCUGUUGUCUGAAAUGUGAGAAAUACAAAUACACCGACAGAAACAUAUCUAAAAUGUGAUUUAUCAUUCAUUCUCCAUCUCGGUCUGUAACGUUAACUUUCGUACAUUGUUAAGUCGUUGGUGAGAGGCUCUAACUGGAUAAGACCAAUCGGAAACGACUGAUGCCGUCCUGUGACCACUGACACUGAGGGGACCACCAACCGCUGCCCCACUGUGUCGUCCUUUUUAGAUUUCUUCAGAUCACAACAACGUAGAGAUUUUAAUUUGGUGUCAAAGACGAGAACAUUUACGUUGAGUCCGGACGUGUGUGAAGACGUGAAAGUAUCGAUGAGUCUGUUUCGCUUGGCGGUGCAGGUCGUCCUGUUCGACAGACACAAGCUUCUUGUAUCUCUGAACAGGUUCUGGACUGUGUGUCUGUGUCAAAGACGAAUCUUAGUACGGCAUCCCAUGUUUCCCUUGUUUGUCCGAUUUUACUAACAGAAACUAAAUUGGCUGUCAGUGACCCUCCCACAGCCGCAGCAGAGGAGGUGUUUGAUCCCCAUCCUCAUCAUCGUCAUCCCUCCCUGCUGCCGCUGGGUUUGAUUGACAGACGUCGGUGUGGCGGCCACGCUGAGGUUUAUGGAAGACUUGAUGAUUUCAGCCUGUAGAGUUAAAUCCACUGUGUGACCUUGCUGCCGCUCUGUACUUCCUGCCCGUUGUUGUCCGCAGAUUAAAAGAAGAAGGAAUCAUCCUCCAAUCAGAAGCAGCAAAGCGUCUAACCCCCUCUUAGUCUUACGACCCGUUAUCGUAGUGACGUGCUACUACUGCCAUAUUCCACUUUUUGUCACGACUAGGUUCUUCCUCUCCCCGCUGACGAGCUUUUUCUAUGUAACUCAGAGCCAUAUUUUAUAGGUUGUCUGUAUUGUUUUUUAUCUCAUUGUUCUCGAGGUUUCCUUUGGACUUUCUCACCCACGACCCCCUCUGACCCCCCGACUCCUCCCCCCUCCCGGCCCUUUACUCCAAACAUGACCAAAAAGCAAGGAGAAAAUCUUCAGUCGUCACUGCCGAAACCAAGAUUAAAGGACCUCUACAAUGUUUACAUGAAAAGCGAGUGGGUGGCAGUUCGCCUGCGCUUCUCUCAUCCGACCACUUCCCUUUCAUUCCCUUGCUUUCCAGAAUCUUAAAGUUACUAUUUAACUAAAUGGGGAAUCUUUCUUGCAUGGUUUUCAUAUAAAAUUCAAUGUUUUGCUCAUUUUUUACAAUUCUUCUGUAUUUUUAUAUUAAGUACUUUUUAAUAUUUUGGAGAUAUAUGAAUAUAUAUGUAUAGGCUGAAGAGUUUGGUGACAGUACAGUACAUGAAUGAGAUGAAUCUACCGUGGACUCUUUUUACAGCUCUCUAAAUAUUUAUGCCACGUGUGUCGUCUUGGUCACCUGAUGUUAGGGCUCAGAAAUCUGCAGUGACUUGUUUACUUCCUGUCGGCCGCUCAAUUGGAAUCUCUACAAUCUAUUCUCAUCAGCCCCCUUUUCCCACUUGAUCUAAAUGUUGUGACACACUACACGCUAUGUGAUUUCAAAGUUAUCCGACUCCAUUAGACUUCAGCAAAUGCAACAUGAAUACAGCUAACUGUAUCAACCAUUAAAUGGGAGUGUAUAAUUAUUUAUCCAACCUCUGGAUUUCCUUGUUUUCUUUAAGCAACUUUCUUCGAAUCAAUGAUUAAUGCUGUUUUCCGUGUGGCCGCUGUCGGAGAUGACGACUUUAAAGACGAUCGGAGCUGUGUCCCACUUCAGGAUCCCCCCCCCCCCUCCUAAUGGGCCAGUCCCAUGUCCGCACCUCAGACACGACAAAACUGAGAAAGUAACCUGACAGGCAAAGUCAGUCAUAAAUCAUAAAACCCCUAAUUCUGUAUUAUUACUUUUUUUUAGAGACCUGGGCCUUGUUCUCUAAAACCAUCUUUAUUAUUCACACUUGAUGCAGUCCUCAAUACUAAUGUCCAGAGAGUACAAAUGCCUGAACUUAACCCUACGCAAGUUUUCACAAUGCAAGAUACACAGUCCAAUUUUUUAGACUAAACUCAAUUUUAAAAAUAGCUGUGUUAAAAGGUAGAUUUACCAAACAGGUACGUUCCUACAAACCUCUCUAUGACCUGUCAGUCAAAUGGAAAGUGGCGCCUGCAGAGGCCAACGCCACGAUGUCUUUCCCCCGAGUGUAAAUAAAGCUUAACGCUGAGAUUAGUGUACGUGGACCUUGAUUCAAAAAACCUACACAACUAUGUCUGACUGAGUUGUGUUCCCUGAGGGGGGCGGGGCCUGUGGCAGGACACAGCUUCAGUCCUCACCGUUCUAUACGACUCGCGGCGUCAGAGAAGCGUUUGUGACGUCACUGUGGGUGUGUCCAUGAGACGCAGCUUCCAAAACGUUUCCUCUUUGUUUCUGUUGCUCGGCUGAAUCUGACAGAACAGCUGUGCCCCUACGAUCAGUGCAAUGUAAAUAUUGUCGUGUAAGUGAAGGAGUGAACCUGCUCUGUGUCAGUGACAGGAAAUGGGAGAGGGGGGGCAAUCAGCCAAUCAUCACCCAGCAAAGCUUUAAGAGUGUUCUGCCAAAGCCGUUUUCUCAUCGCGUUCCUUCUUCUGCACAAAUCUGUGUGGACACUUUGUGGUCACGUGACUCCCCCUUGCCCCUCCCACACCCCGCCCCGCCCCGCCCCUCAGCCUGGAUAAGAUUGUCCCUCUGCUCUUGCCAUGACCUCGGUGUGGCUGUGGUGGUCGUCUGUUGGACUGGUUGCCCUCACAUCUCACGCCAGGCGCACAGUGCAGCCCCCGUCAGAGACCCCUUUCUUUGUGUUUCUGGUUUCAGCCACGUCACAAAUCAAAUAAAAAGGACGAAGCAGGACGAGACUCAGCAGCAGACUGAAAGUCUUCACCUGGUUUUAGUUUUCUGAAGGUUUCGUUUGUGGACAUCAGAGCUAAGUUUGCCCGUUAGGACUUCUGUACGGAGAAGGACCUCUCCGCUUCUGAUCCGGUCAUCGUUGCAUUUUGACUGCGUUGCUUCCUCUUCCAGUCGCUGGAUUUUAAAGGAAAUCUUUGGAGAACCUUCACAUCCACUUCAGAAUUCACAAAUUAAAAAAAGAACUGGAAUAUCACACCGGGAAAAAGUCAUAACCACCCAACAUAUAUAUCUAUAUAUUUAUAUGAUAUAACUAUAUAUCUAUAUCUAAUAUAUAUAUUAGAUAUGAAUACAUUGGUAGGUAUAUAUUAGAUAUAAAUAAAUAGAUAUAUACAUAUAUAUGGUUUCUCAGUUGAACUUCGUUGCAAAAAAAGACUGAAAAUGAUUUGUUUUCUGUAAUUACUAUGAUACACAGUAAUAGGCGUUGGUGUUAUUUUUGUAUAAACAUAAUAUCAUCUAUGUGGCAUGCAUGACAUAUAUACAAAUUUGGUGGUUUAAAGCAAUAUGUCCAACCUGGUGCGAUUGGUUCCGUCGUGUUCUGUGUAGCCUAAAGCCACUCUGUACGAAAAGAGAUAAAAAAAAAAAAGAGUAACUGCAUUUGGAUAAAACUAACUGUUCAGUAUAUGUGUUCAAUGUUCUGUGUUCUGCAUGUUUUAGUAUGGAAUGAAACAUCACAAAUGUUUGACUUGUUUUCAGAAUGAAUCUCAAACACAUGCCCCAGAACCACACACACACACACACACACACACACACACACACACACUCACACACACACUCACACUCACACACAUGUAUUUGCACUGUGAGGUGAAACACACUGAGGAAAAUUAAAACUGUGAUUUCUGAUGGAUGGAUUGAUGAAAGAUGAAGAUUCGUCUUUUUGUUUCCAUCGUCUCAUUCAUCCAGAAACGGAACAGCUAGAAGAUCUGUCUGCCGUCCACUGUUCCAUCCCCCUCCCCCUGUCCCACCACACACACUCACACACUCACAGAAACACUCUGAUCUACAUAUUGUCCUGAACUCAUCACCUACUCGUGUGUGCAGUGAGAGGAGGAGGGAGACAUGACAGUUCACAGUAACGUCGUCAUCACGUCACCAAUCACAUCCAUCCACACAUUAUCCUCCUGCCUCCCCCUACUGGCCAGGUGGGGGAGGGAAACGAGGAUAAUGUGGCUCACCUGUGAAACGUCUGUGUUGAUGUCAGAGGCUGAUUGAUAUGUUGAUAUUUAACAGAAAUGAUCAUGAAGAAACUUAAUUUGUCUCAUAUAAUACUAUAAAAACUUAGGGCUGCAACUAAGGAGUAUUUGUAUUUGAUUAAUCAUUGUUAUAAUGUUUUUUAUUGAUCAGUAUAUUGUUUUGUCCUUAAAAUAUCAGAAAAUAGUGAGAAACUCCAAAAGUUUGUUCAAAAAAGCCAAAGAUUUUCGUUCAAUCUUCACAAAUGAGGAAGAAAAGAGCAAAUUCUGAAAUUGUCCAAUGUUUUAUAAUUUACUAUAUAAAUAGUCUCAGAUUAAUUAAUCAAAAGAAAACUAAAUUACUUUUCUGACCAGUUCUUUGAGCUUGAAACACAAACAUUGUAUAUCAGUAUCAGUCGGCUUCACUUCACGUCAGUGUCAGUCUGAUGUUUGACAGUCGUCUUGUUGUCAUGGUGAUGACUUGUGGUUACCUGGUAACCUUUUAAACUGGUUUAAAUCGCUGCCAUAACAGGAAGUAAAUCCAGCUCCAUAUGUCUCCUCUGUAGUUUUCUGAAGAGGAUCUGUAUCUGCACCCGAUCAUUAAACCAGAUGUGAGUCAGGUUUAAAGUGGUUAGAUGGUGGAUGUUUCCUCUGUUUCACACUUUUAUGCUAAAAUCAGAUCUGAGUUCAAACCAGAAAACAGGAGAGUUUCAGAAAAUGUCUGUGAUAAUCUAUGAAUUUAUAUUUUACACACCUGCUCAAUGACUAAGGUUUAAUGUGUGAUUCCCUAAAGAUGAAAAGGUUUAGAACGUCGUCACUACACAACUGAACACACUCUUCACAUCGUGUUUCUGCGUAAACAUUAGUAUUAAUCUGACAAAUCUUUCCUGACCGAUGGACGUGGAUGUUUGACUCUGUCGUCACAUUUUCCAAACAAUUCAGGUGAUGACAAUUAAUUCAAAUUUACAUUUAGUACAUUCACCUCAAAUGUUAAUCUGUAAAAUAAAAACAUUUGGUAACACACAAAUCAAUUAGGUCUGUUCAAGUCAAAGUUAACAAUUGUGUUGUGUAUUUUUUUCACUUUAAUUUGAACAAACUUAAUUGUUUUGUGUGUUACUACUGUUCCACAAUCUUUUUUGUCUCAGUUUAACGAGAACGUGACAAGAAAAACCAACAUGAACGUUUCAGUUCAGCCAAACCAGUGUUGUUAACGCUGUCACUCAUCCCACACUAACAUAUCUCAACAGCCAUCGGAUGGAUUGACAUUUGUCAGAAACAUUCUUGGUGCCCAGAGGCUGAAUCCCAGUGUCUUUGGUGAACCUUUGAUUUUUCACAUUUCCAGUGAAAUAUCUCAGCAUGUACUUGAUGGAUCGGGGCUAAACGUGACACAGGCGUUUGUGGUUUCCAGAGGAUGGAUCUUAAUGGUUUAUAAUCUUCCUCUCGUGGCACCAUGUGGUUUCGGUGAAACUUCUCAACAUCUAGUGGUUGUAAGUUUGAAUCUGAUUCACACAUUCACGUCCACACUGAUGCGGAUAUUUAGCAAAACAAACUUUUGAGUUUCUCGCCCAAACGUCGUCUUCAGUCACUAAAACUGCGAUUUAUACAAACACCCACCAAAGUGCAGAUUUUCAAUAACUGUUGUUGCUUUGUGGGAGGAGCCUCACCCGACAUCACUCAGACCACAGACCUCUUCUCUGGUAUUUGCCAGAUUGUUUGAAGUCGACUUUAUCGCCACCUACUGGUCUAACAUCUGUUGGUUUGGCAUUCUCGUCUGGAAGGAGAUAUUUUGUAAAACGAAAGAAGUGUAGACGGAGAGAUAUUCGUUAAAAAUGACAUCGGCAGUAGUGCAGACGAGGCCUCGGUCGUCAGGUCAAACUCUUGGUUUAUAAUUAAACACGUGUAAAACAUUCCCAUCAGCCUCAGCUCACCUCGGGGUUAGUGUGUGUGAGCCAGAAUAAAACUUCCUGUGCUUCCCUGUGUGUGUGUGUGUGUAGGUGUGUUUCCUCAGUGUGUGCGUCACCUUCUUCACCCCGUCGGUUCCUGUCCAUCAUCUUCCUCCUGUUUGCUUCGAUCUAUGCAACACAAUCCUCCAGUUCAGCUCCAGUGGUUCAUUGGCUUUCUCGCUUCCUCUCACACUCACUCUGUCUCCGUCUUUAUUUUUCAGUUCUUUCUACAAACAGAACCACUAUACCUGUACAUUGAUGUAUGUAUGUAUGUGUGUGUGUAUGUGCACGACAGGUGCACACGCACACGUUUUCUUUACUCUUUUGUAAGAUAUGAUCAUGUGGAAUGCCUUGGUCUUAGUGUCAUGUCGUUUGAACUUACGCUGAACAAAAGAUGAUAAUCAAGCAACUGAGUAAAAGUUGUUACAAAAGUAUAUACAGUAUAUAUAGUAUAUAAAUAUAUACAAAUCUAUAUACAUAAAAUAAAGCCAUUGGGAUUUGAAAUAUA